UGUUAUUUGUGAGGGAAUCAGUGUCGAGUCAUAUCCAGAUCACAUCUGUGUAUCGAUCUUUUUAUCUUUUUAUACUAAGUCAUAGUGAUCUUGCUUUUUGUCUCGUCUUCUUUCAGUGACUCACGGCACCUAUUUUUCAUUUUUCAUUCUUCAUUUUCGUUUACCAUACCAAUAUAUCUCUACUCCACCCUCUUUUCUCUCCCCCAUCUCAACCCAUUCAUUCAACCACUGUCCCUAUCGGAUUCUGAUACCACCAAUUUUUCAAGCUUGUGAAUAGGGUUGUUUUGAGAGAUGGGUUUCGAGAAAAAAGAGUACGAGUUUCUGAAGGAGAUCGGUUUGGGAUCAGAAAAUCUUGGUGGGUAUGUUAAUGGCAAGUGGAAAGCAAGCGGACCAUUGAGCUCAACUGUCAACCCUUCUAACAACCAGAAAAUUGCUCAAGUCAAGGAAGUUUCUCUAGAAGAUUACGAGGAGGGACUGCGUGCAUGUAGUGAAGCAGCCAAGACAUGGAUGAGUAUGCCUGCACCAAAGAGAGGUGAGAUUGUGAGACAGAUAGGAGACGCGUUUAGAGCCAAAUUGGAUCAUCUGGGUCGGCUUGUGUCGCUUGAAAUGGGAAAAAUACUACCUGAAGGAAUUGGGGAGGUUCAGGAAGUCAUUGAUAUGUGUGACUAUGCUGUUGGUCUGAGUCGACAGCUGAAUGGAUCUAUAAUCCCUUCAGAACGUCCGAAUCAUAUGAUGUUUGAGAUGUGGAAUCCACUGGGAAUAGUUGGGGUGAUCACUGCUUUCAAUUUCCCAUGUGCUGUUCUUGGAUGGAAUGCUUGCAUCGCCUUAGUAUGUGGAAAUUGUGUUGUGUGGAAGGGUGCACCUACAACUCCAUUGGUGACUAUUGCUGUCACAAAGCUUGUGGCUGAGGUUCUUGAGAAAAACAACUUGCCAGGUGCAAUAUUCACCUCAUUUUGUGGAGGCGCAGAAAUUGGUCAAGCAAUAUCCAAAGAUACUAGAAUACCUCUAGUUUCAUUCACUGGAAGCUCAAAGGUGGGGUUGAUGGUGCAACAAACUGUUAGUGAAAGGUUCGGUAAAUGCUUGCUUGAACUGAGUGGAAACAAUGCCAUAGUUGUUAUGGAUGAUGCCGACAUUGGACUGGCUGUGCGUUCUAUUUUGUUUGCAGCUGUUGGUACUGCUGGUCAGCGCUGCACAACGUGUCGUAGAUUGUUUCUUCAUGAACUUGUAUAUCAAAGUGUAUUAGAUCAACUAGUUGGAGUUUACAAACAAGUGAAAGUUGGAGAUCCUUUGGAGAAAGGAACCCUUGUCGGUCCAUUACACACUCAAGGUUCAAGGGAGAAUUAUGUGAAGGGGAUUUCAACCAUAAAAUCUCAGGGAGGGAAAAUCCUGACUGGUGGAUCAAUUAUAGAGUCAGAUGGCAAUUUCGUAGAACCAACAAUUGUUGAGAUUUCAUCUAGUGCUUCUGUAGUGAAAGAAGAAUUAUUCGCUCCAGUUCUAUAUGUUAUGAAAGUUAAGUCCUUGGAAGAAGCAAUUGAAUUAAACAAUUCUGUGCCGCAAGGACUGAGUAGUUCAAUCUUCACUAGCAGGCCAGAAGCUAUCUUUAAAUGGAUUGGGCCUCGUGGCAGUGAUUGUGGCAUAGUGAACGUAAACAUCCCAACUAAUGGAGCUGAGAUAGGCGGUGCCUUUGGUGGAGAGAAGGCAACUGGUGGCGGCCGAGAAGCAGGGAGUGACUCUUGGAAGCAAUACAUGCGACGCUCAACUUGCACAAUCAAUUAUGGAAGUGAACUACCGCUGGCUCAAGGCAUAAAUUUUGGCUAGUGAAUAACUAGACAUCACGGCAAGCCCGGCCCUCUGCAUCGACAUAUCAAUGUGAAGACUAGACAUGCCUUGCCAGCUUGGAUCUUUGAUUUCUAUCUAUCUUGAAAUAAUAAUAAGUUCCCCUGGUGAACUGGCAUCUAUAAUUUCUAUGUCGUAAAAUGAAAUAAAAGUAGUCACUUUAAUUAUAUUAUGUUUGUUUUAGUAAAAUGAUGACCCAACAUGAGUUGACCCUGCUAGAGUUUCAAACUUUGACAAUUCAAACGCCCUCAUGAAAUCACAACGUGGAUUGCUAGAGCCUAGAAGCUCAUAGAAAGCGGUUAAUAUUCUACUGCGUACAUGUGAGUCUGUGACCGAUGUGGGACCGCUGAGGUUUAUGUAUAUCAGAGUUACUAGUACCAUUAUUAUAACAGUACGUGGUAUAUUUCUACCGAAUUCUGCACUUCUUCA